AUGAGUAGUGUAAGUUGAAUUUGAUUUGGGGUUAUUCAAUUAAUCAGUUAUCAUUCAGGAAAUCGAUUCGAGAGGGUCAUUUCGCUCGAAAAAACAAGCAAAUCGCAAUGUUAUGAAGAAAAAGGUUGUUAAACGAGAAAAUUCAGUUGAUGAUUCCGAUUUAGAUGGUUUAUUCAAAAGUCUGAGAGAGAAAUCAAUAGAAGAACUGAAAAAUGAGCUAAUUCUGGCGCAAAAUGAUCAACACCAUAUUUUAAUAAAAUCGAAAGAAGAUUUCAAGUUGAAAACUGCCGAAGCUAUUGAAAGGAUUGAUGUUGCAGAAAAGAUGACAUUGAAAAAAAUAACCGAAGAAUAUGAGGCUCGCGAGAAGAAAAUAACUGAAAAUACACAAAGGAAACUGAGCGAAAUGAAAGCAGAAAUGGAAAAAGAUCUAGAAGCACUUGAAAAACGAACCGAGUUAGAAUAUUCAUCACUAGAAAUUAACAAACCAACAACUUCUAAUAUUAUUGAUAUAAAUAAGAAGAUCUUGAGAGGGUAAUAAUUUUUUCAUAAAUUUUAUGUGAAAAAUGUAUAUUUAGACGUGGUGGAAUACUAAUCGAACCGCCAACAUAUUUCAACGCAACACCAAAAACAACAGUUGUCUCAGUUCACUCGAACGCCAAAUUUUUAUUGGCUGAACAUGACAUUAUGGAAGAUUUGAAACUUAUCUCAUCUGCUUCAAAUACUCCACAAAAGGUUAGCCAAUUUUUUCAACAUAAAGAAGCUUUUCCGAAAAAAAAAUCAAUGUUAUUUUCAGUCACGCCGCCAAUUCGACGUGCAGCUUCAAAAAUUGCGAUUCACAUAUGAUGGAAGGUCUUACAAACAGGGAGAAGAAGUAUAUGUGGAAAAUAGUGAAUAUGGGCGAAUUCCAAUGAAAGCUGAAAAUAUCACAGAAAAUGUGGUUUCGUUUCGAGCUACACAGUCUUGGGAUAUUCGACAAAUUCAUGCUUCUCAUUCUGAUUUGGCAGAAGGUCGUGUUAUUGUAUCGAAGAAAAAAUGA